UAAGGUUUCAUUUUUUUUUAAUCCUCCACCAAACAAAUACAAUAAUCUCCCUCCUCCCAUCCCCCCCAACUCUUUCUCCUCCAAGAACCUCAAUAAUGGUAAAAAAAAAAUAAAAUUAAUCUUUCAAUUACAAACAUCUCUAAUCAAAGUUUAAACUAAUCCAUUUUUCAUAAUUUUUACAUUUUUUUUUUGUUUUGACUUUGUUCUUGGAUCUUGAUCUCCCCCUACCCACCUAAUAGUCCACUCCAAAUCUUUCAUUAUUCCAUUUUUAAAUUCUUCAAACCUCAUUCUUCUCCCUCCCUAAUUAGUCCACCCCCUUCUUAAUCUCUUCCUCUAAUCACCCAUUUUCUUCAUAAAAAUUCAAUCUUUACUUCAUUUCAAGAAACCCCACAAAGUAAUCUUGAACAAUAACCAAUCCCUUCAAGAAAUCAAUAAGAUUCUUAUUCUUAUAGAUAAAGUGCUAAAAUUCCCCAUACCCCUUUUUCUUGUUUUCCUUAUCCCCAUUUACAUUAUCAAGAAUCAAUCUUUCUUUCAUUGGGGGCAAAAAUAUAGAGAGAAAAAGGAAAAUUUCUCAAACCCUAAUCUUGAUUUUUGUUUUUAAUCAAGAAAAACCAGUGGAAAAAGAUUUGGAGAGUUUCUUGAUUUGGGUAUUGUUUAAAUUUUCAAGAUUUGUUUAGAAUAAUGUCCCAAAUGAAGCACAUUGAUAAUACUCCAUCAACCCCAGGAAAAUUCAAGAUUGAAAAAUCACCUUAUCAUAGGCUUAGGCUACAAUUUUCUUUAGCCAAGAUCAUUUUUUGGUCACUUGUUUUUGUGGGGUUAAUCUUUGUAUUCUUUUACAGAUCACCAUCAUCUUCCUCUCAUGUUUCUUCAGAUCUCUUCAGGAGAUCUCUUAGAACAAGCUCUUAUGGUGGUCCAGCUUGGGAGAAAAAGAUUAAGGCUUCAACAAAACCAAGGUCAAGUAAUGGUCUUUGUGUGUUGGUAACUGGUGCAGCUGGUUUUGUAGGAACACAUGUAUCAGCUGCUUUAAAACGCCGCGGUGAUGGCGUGUUGGGGUUGGAUAAUUUCAAUGAUUAUUAUGAUCCCUCGCUCAAAAGAGCAAGGCAAGAGCUACUAGAGCGCUCUGGGGUGUACAUUGUUGAGGCUGACAUCAAUGAUGCCACCCUCUUGAAGAAACUUUUUGAAAUUGUUGCAUUUACUCAUGUUAUGCAUUUGGCUGCACAAGCCGGUGUGCGAUAUGCUAUGGAAAAUCCUAGCUCAUAUGUGCAUAGUAAUAUUGCUGGACUUGUUAAUAUGCUUGAGGUUUGCAAAAGUGUUAAUCCUCAACCUUCUAUUGUGUGGGCGUCGUCUAGUUCUGUAUAUGGAUUGAAUACUAAGGUACCCUUUUCAGAGUGGGAUAGGACAGACCAGCCUGCUAGUUUAUAUGCUGCUACUAAGAAGGCUGGUGAGGAGAUUGCUCAUACCUAUAAUCAUAUAUAUGGGCUUUCGAUAACUGGAUUGAGGUUUUUCACAGUUUAUGGACCGUGGGGGCGGCCAGAUAUGGCGUAUUUCUUCUUCACUAGGGAUAUUUUGAAGGGAAAGUCAAUUCCAAUCUUUGAGGCAGCUAAUCAUGGCACAGUCGCAAGGGAUUUUACCUACAUUGAUGACAUAGUUAAGGGUUGUUUGGGGGCAUUGGACACGGCUAAGAAGAGCACCGGAAGUGGUGGGAAGAAGAAAGGUCCUGCUCAAUUGAGGGUGUUCAAUUUGGGCAACACUUCACCUGUCCCGGUAUCUGAUCUUGUCAGCAUUUUGGAGAAGUUGUUAAAGGUAAAGGCUAAGAGAUUGAUUAUGAAGUUACCAAGGAAUGGAGACGUGCAGUUUACUCAUGCAAAUAUUAGCUUGGCUCAGAAGGAGUUUGGGUAUAAGCCUACCACAGAUCUACAGACAGGAUUGAAGAAAUUUGUUCGAUGGUACCUUAGCUACUAUGGUAAUGGAAAGAAAAGCGCGCAGUGAUACAUUUCGACUCAAUGAGUGUGAUGUCCAGAAAAGGAAGAACGUAGCAGCAGGGUGUGGAUACGCUUCUGUCUCAUGGGUUUCUCUCAUCGUAGUUACUGCUUUUGUCCAUGGCUGUUCAAAUAUGAUUUGUUGGAGACGUUAAACUCGAACUGUAUCUAGAUUUUUUAAUUUUGCCUCUGAAACAAGGCAUUAAGAUAUGUAAAAUGUCAAAGGUUGCAUGCUUGCUGGGAAUGAUCUUGGGGAACUGUUGGAGGAAUAUUUAAAUAAAGCCAAUCUUCUUGCUGGAUUCUAUAAACACUUGCAUAUUCUUAAAGAUAUCUGAUGCUGUUGAACACAAAAAUAAUGAAGGAAUUUAUCUUAUUUGUGUGUAUUU